AAAGCACCCUAGAGCAAGUAAUAAGGUGGAGGGAGGGUACAGCCUUAGAAGAAAGAAGCCUUUCUGUUUCCAGGCAAGGAAGGAAUUUACAGCUGUGGGAAGGAAGCUUCCUGCAAUUUCUUGGGUCACUAACCACUUCUGUUUUUGUAUAAAUUCAGCCUUUGUUUCUUUGUUCUGUCAUCUAUUCUCUUCUCCUCUUCACAUUAUUGAUUUCCUGUGACUAGUGAGAGUCUACCUCUCAGACCAACCCACCAAGAUCAGGAGCAGUAGCUGUCUUUCUUUUCUGCAGUCUUUGUGAGACCAUUUGUCCUGGCAUUGUUUUUUUCCCACCAAACUCCAUCAAAUCGGGGCCCCUCUGGAAGCUUUUUCCCCGAGUAUUCAAUCUGUGAUCAGUUCUGUGUCUCUGUCAUCUCCUUGCAAAGUUCAUCUUAGACCCAUCUUCUCCAAGAGAUCAGGAGUAAAUACAACAUGGGAGUUGGAGAUACUAUGGAUUAUUUCUCCGGCUUAUUGAGCAGUGGUCAUAAACAGAAGAAGAGGAAGCAGAUGCAGACUGUGGAGCUCAAAGUGAGAAUGGAUUGUGAGGGCUGUGAGCUUAAAGUCAAGAAAGCCCUUUCCUCUUUGAAAGGUGUUAAGUCUGUGGAUAUAAACUUGAAGCAACAUAAGGUUACUGUAACUGGGUAUGUUGAGCCAAACAAGGUUUUGAAGAAAGCACAGUCAACAGGGAAAAAGGCAGAGUUUUGGCCUUAUGUUCCUUACAGUCUUGUGGCUCAUCCUUACACGGCACAAGUUUAUGACAAGAAGGCACCUCCUGGCUAUGUCAGAAAUGUGGAGACCACAGGCACCAUCAGCUCCUUUAACAGACAGGAAGAGCAAUACACAACCAUGUUCAGUGAUGAAAAUCCAAAUGCUUGCUCCAUCAUGUAGACCCAGGAGAGUUCUUUUCCCCUGCACUUCACAUCACCCAGCUCUGUAAAAAACAUACCAUUUACUUCAUUUCUAUUCCCUUUUUUGUGAAGAUAUUAACACUAUAAAAUCGGGGUUUUGGGUUUAUUGGAAUUUUGCUACUGAGUGGUGGUUGACUGUUGAGAUGGAUGAAAUAUUAUCUGUAUUAUACAGAAAAUCAGAAAUGGUGUGGAUUGUUAUGAGUCCUUUAUGACUGGAAUCUGGAAUGCAAUUGGGUACAUUGUCUUCA